AUGUAUGACGUCACAUGCGGCAAUGCAGAUGCGCGGAUUUUUGAAAACAUGACCUCGUUUCAAUUGAUUUUCUCCACAAUGAGCUUAAAAAUGCAAACCGGCCGGCUCCGGGCUCGCUGCCGUUCAUAUCUUAUUCACAAACCUGCAUAAUCACGCCGCCUCUUCCGUUAAACUAGUAUCAGUGCGCUUUGACCCGUCUUCCGAAAAGCUGCCUCACUUGCGCUGAAUAAUCCGUGUUUUUAUUGAUGAUGAAGAGUGUAACAGUGUCUACGGAGUGUGUUUACAGUCAGGAGAGGCGAUAUACUGCAGCAGACAAUCCGUAUAAUAUAGAUUUAUGGAAAGAAGUGCGGAAACGUUGGCUGGUCUUCGGGGUCCUCGGGGCCAUCGCGCUCGCGGACCAUUGCACGUGGAGUACCUGUGCUGGGUGCCAUCAUCUGUAAUCUUCUUCGGGGCGGGCGCGCGGCUCCGGCGCCCUAGGGCGCCAGCCAAGGCCCUGCGGCUGGCGGCGGCAGCAGCUCUGCACGCUCACGUCGCAGCACCGGCGUUGGCUGUCUGUGCCGUCACUGUGUUCAGUGCAGCGCUACACGGACCCGUUAUCAAUGGCGCCCUCCUCUCGUCCGUGGGGUCGGGCUGCGCGUGGUUGUCCCUGGCCCUGGCGCCGCGCGCCGCGCUGCCCGCCGCCGCCAGCUACACCGCCUCGCUGCUGGCUACACCGCUCAGCGCCUUGUUGCUGUGCGGCCGCACUAGCAUCCCCCCUCUAAGCGAAGUCCUCUCCACGACUAUGCGCACUCUUAUCCCGUUCACCGUCGGCUGCGCUACGACCCCGAUGCGCCAAGAGUUCGCAGUCCGGCUGGCCGCGCUGGCCUUAGUGUACGCGGAGUGCUGCGAGAGGCUGAACGCUGCCGAGGGCGGACUGUUAGCUGGCGACGUACUGGCGACGCUAUUAGUAGAGGUGUGCUGGCUGGCGCUGAGCGCCGGCGCGUGCGCCGCGUACGCGCGCUGGUGGGGCGCGGCCGGCGCCAGGCUCAUAGCACUAGUCGCCGUGCCUAAAGCACUAGAUCAAGGGUGGGGCGCGGCGGCGGCGUGCCGGCUCCCCGCGCUGGCGCGGCUCCCUGCCGUGUUCGCGGCGCCCGCGCAGGCGCUCCUGCUCGCCGCGCUACACACGCACGAUGACAGCGACUAUGACGAACAAGACGAACUGCCGUUUUGAUCACCUCAACUUUACAAGCCUCAAUUAAUUUAUGUUUAACCCUUUCUUACAAAUACAAAAGUCAAAAUGAAGAUUAACACGUUCGCUGUCCCCAUGCAAAAUGAUAUGACAAAGUCACACGACCAAGUGUGCUUCCACUUUGAAGUUGGGAACCCAUAGUGGGAACACGGACUGUCUUGUCUUGUGAAAAAUGGUUGUCUGUAAAGUCGGUUUACGAACGAUAAUUUAGCGUGAUAACGUCAUAAGGAAACAUUACCAUUAGAUUACGUAACGUUACCAUGGAGAUCCGUCCACAACGUUACCAUGGAGAUCUGUCUACAACGUGACACUUUUUCGUGCAUGCUACCGGUGUUCAUCGAUUUAUAAGACAUUAAGUAUAACGUCAAAUAUGCUUCAUGACCCCACAUUGGGGGCGCCCGGACAGGGAACGUGUUAAACAACGGAAACCAGAGUCUAGUUAAUGGAGAAGACUGACAACCCUCAUACAACGUCAGUGUUGUAGAUACAUUAUAUACAGGCUGGGGCGAAAGUGACAGAUGUAAUCACAACGCGUUUUUAGCGUGACCAACUGUAGGUUGUGAAGUUAUACUGUAAAGGUCUCUACCCACUACACCGUAUCAUACCAUGACCGUGCUAUGAACGUGUCAGGCAAAAAAAAUAUCUUUGUAUUAAAAUGUAUGAGACUAUGCCCACUAGUCCGUGCCGUCACCGACCAUACCCGUAGCGUGCCAUGCACGGACCGUCAAAAAUUGUCGGCGAGGAUAUUUUGCCGGUGCCGAAACGCCCCGUGCACGGCACGCAACGUUGCCAGAACGGUGAGUGCAGGCGGCGAAACGGUGAGCAUACGGGUUAUAACCGCGUAUGGUGACCGUUCUAAGCCCGUUAUAAACGCGUUGCUAUAUUUCUUGCUCGCUCUUACCAGUCUGAUAACUAUUCGCUCGCUCUUUCUGACGAGUCCUGCUCUCGCGGAUAAAACGCGGGUACUAAGGGUAUGAAACGAGAAUGCUACGGGGAUUAUAGGCGGAUGCUAUGGGGAUGAUACGCGGUUACUACGGGCACUAAACCCGUUAUGUACGGAUAUGAAACAAUGUGGACACGGUGUAGUGGGCAUAGUAGUCCGUAUCGCGUUACAUUCCGUGCCCCAUACGUUCAUAGCACGGUCAUGGUAUGAUACGGUGUAGUGGGCAGAGACCUUAACGCAAACGACAGAGUGUAACCGUGCAAACAUAAAACCGUCAAAUUUUUAUAAAAAUAAGACGCACUUGUGCCACUUAUAGACCGACAAAAAAUUGUAGAAAUUUAAAAGUGGCAACAUCGUAGUGUCGUCCCGUUUUCUUAGAUUGAUUUGAAAGGGACAACACUUUUUAAUUUCUACAAUUUCUUGUCGGUCUAUAAGUGUCUUGUCGUCUUUCUAGCAUAUUAGGACCAAGUUAUAGCAAUUUUGGGGCCUUAGCCAUAGCCUUUAGUAGAUUAGAAUUUUGAGCUCAGUACCUAGAACGAUUUUAAAAUUAAAAUCAUUCGUAAUUAUAUGUAGUUUCAACAACUAAAUUAAUGCUCAUUUACCUGAAUUUUAAUGUAGAUAAUUAAUUAUUAGUUAAGGUACGAGUAGGUAGGGUCAAGGCGGGAACAGUGGCUCAGUCGCUCAAAUAUCGCUAUACAAUGUAGCACCCUUACGUCUUAGAAUAACUAUCGCUCGUCCAAUUGAAUUUGUUCGAUUACUGAAUGUUUGUGCUUAGGGUUUCUGGUUUCUCGACCUUUUUAAUUUCUCGAGGCACGGGAAUUCUCGACCAAGAUUUCUCGAGUUUCUCGAGUAUCUCGAGAAAUUUUGAAAGCUCCAAAAAACGCCAUGUUAUUUAAUUUUUUUUUGCUUUUUUACAAAUCAGACUCGUAGGAAUCGUAGGUGAGAUCAAUAAUCAAAUAUAUGGUACAUUUUUAGUCACCAUAAAUUGCACUUAAUAAUCAAAAAUACAACAGCAAAAAAACUAUAGGUGCAGACGUGCGCACCGGCGAUGUGUUAUGCUAUAGUGUAUAUAUUUCUUUAGAUAGGUAUUGAACAAAAUGUAAACAAACCACAAUAUGGUAUUUUAUUAGGCAGCAAUAUUCAAGGCAAUAAAUUUUACUCGAUGUGACAAAACUUACAGAAGUUUUACUACUUACUAUGAAUUACUCGUACUUACUCAAGGUAACAAUAAAGCUGCUAAAAUUGUAAUAUUUUGCUAAUAGGAAUAUAUCGGGAUGAUUUGAUUUAUCAAUAGUAAUUUAAUUUUGUAAUAUUUGUUAUUACACUUAUUCUCUCAUAGGCCUUUCAGUCUAUUGCAGACAGAUUGCAGACUAUACAAACAGUGUCAGGCAGGGCGACAACGUUUUUCGUGGCUUAGCUUAUUACAUUCCUGUAAUUCCUUACAAAAAAAAUUAAAGCGUUUUUAAAUAAAAAGACACUACUUACAUGAAUGUCAUUAAUCAUGAUAGUUCAAAAGUUUCAAAACAUGAAAAUUGGUUAAAGCUAGAACGAUAGGGGAUGGAUCAAGGUAGUUUUUUAUUUGGUUGGUAAUAAAUGUUUUAAGUAGGUUCCUACCUGAAAAUGUAAAAAUAACAUUGUUCAUAUUUAUUUAACUACCUAAAGAAAUACAUUAUAGACACAUCAUGUGUUAUACGCGUGUUUUCUUUUUACUUAUCACAAGAGAUUUAUUUCUCGAGUUCUCGAGGCAUUGAAUAUUUUUUUCCCGUCUCGACUUAGGACAAAUUUCUCGAGAUUUCUCGCCUCGGGAAUUCUCGAGCAGAAACCCUAUUUGUGCUGUAUUAGCAGCUAGCAAAAGACUCUAUUUAAUAGAGGCUAUGCCCAUGCUCAUGUUGGAACUAGGUUGAGUGAGCUACUGUACCCCGGCAAUUUUUUUCCGAACCACUGUUCCCUGACCCUACUUCUGUUAUUUCUGAUCCCGUUUCGGAAGUCACCCUGUAUUAAAACAAAUCUUGUAAGACUGGUCUUCCAGAUAAAUAUCUUGGUUGUGUGUAAUACGGGUAUACUAGUUUCCGCCUGCGAAUUCGUCCGCGUCAUCGUUAAAAACUUUCAACCCCGUUUUUCAUCCCCGUGUGGGUGUGGGUUGAAUUUCCAAAAAAAGUUUCAUAGUAGAGUGAUUUUUAUUUUUCAAAGAUCAAUAUAGGUACUCCUAGUGUAAAUUUCAUUCGAUAGCGUGGCGUAUCGUACGCGUUUGCGUUAAGUGUCAUUAUUUAUAGGAUUUUGAGUUUCAUAACUUCCCGCUUGGCGCGCUGUUCAAAAUCCCAUACAACAAUAGACAUAACGCGAACGCGAACGCUCGUCACGCUAUCGAAUAAAAUAUACACUGGGGGUUCUGUUUUCAAUGGUUUAGCAGGGCUCUCCAAACCCCGGCCCGCGGGCCAAAUCCGGCCCGCGACGCGUUCCAAUCCGGCCAGCGGGAGCCAGGCUCCAGGGGCUAACCUAACUUAACCUAACCUAACAGCAGCGACCAGAUACACCGCCGACGGAAAGAAUACAUAUAACCAGAUACGCCGCGCGAAAGUUUCUGAGGCGCAGUGUUGCCAACUCGGAUUUUGAAAAGAUGCUAAACUAAUGUCUAGAUUAUGCCAAAAUUAUGCCAAAGAUUUCUGAAACACCUAUGCUAAAAGAAUGCUAAAAUAUCACUUGAAAUUAGACACUUAAAGCACAUACAUUUUUCAAAUUUACCGCCUUUUUCUACUGACAAGAUCUGCUUGACCAACUUUAUAUAGUCCGUUGACGUCCAUAUCCGUCCACAAAAGUCAAAAUUCAUAUGAAAAUAUGAACCACAUAACAUAAGGCGAUGGCGCAUAUUGUUGCUGCCAAGUUGGUGCAAACUUGGCUUAGACUAAAUUAUGCUAAAAAUUAUGCCAGAUGCUAAAUGGAAAAUUUUGGUGCCAAAGCGAGUGAAAAUAUGCCAGAUCUGGCAUCAUUUAUGCCAAGUUGGCAACACUGCUGAGGCGCAAUAUGGCCCUCAGGUAAAGAAGUUUCGAGACCCCUGGGCUUUAGCUUAUAUUUGGAACGUACUGAUAUUUUAAACGAAAUAAAAUAAAAACAAAUUAUUAUCGAAA